CUACGUGAUCAGCCGUGUCCAAUGACAUGUGCCCUGAUGAUCGGUGCCCAGCAGUGCCACCCACCAGUUGCCCAGCAGUGCCCCACCUGUGCCCAGCAGUGCACCCACCUGUGCCUAGCAGUGCGCCCACCUGUGCCCAGCAGUGCACCCACCUGUGCCACCCAGCAGUGCCACACACCUGUGCCCAGAAGUGCCACCUACCUGUGCCCAGCAGUGCCACCCACCUGUGCCCACUCACAUGUGUCCACCAGUGCCACCCACCUGUGCCCACCAGUGCCACCCACCAGU